UCAUCUUGUUGUUUUUACUUUUUUGUGGACGUGAUAGGCACGCUUAGGAAACGACAAUGAGUUCGUCAGACUUUUAUUUGAGGUAUUACGUCGGUCACAAAGGAAAAUUCGGUCACGAAUUUCUCGAGUUUGAAUUCAGACCGGACGGUAAACUUCGUUAUGCCAAUAACUCGAACUACAAGAAUGAUACGAUGAUUCGGAAAGAAGCAUACGUCCACAAAUGUGUGAUGGAAGAAUUGAAACGCGUUAUUGAAGACUCGGAAAUCAUGCGAGAAGACGACUGCCAUUGGCCAAGACCAGACAGAGUCGGCAGACAGGAGCUGGAAAUUGUGAUGGGCGACGAGCACGUCUCGUUCACAACGUCCAAGAUUGGUUCCCUCGUGGACGUGAACCAGAGCAAGGACCAGGAGGGUCUGCGAUGCUUUUAUUACCUGGUGCAGGACCUCAAGUGCCUGGUCUUCUCCCUCAUCGGACUUCACUUCAAGAUCAAGCCCAUCUAAAGUCUCAUCCCCAUUUUUUUUUUCUCACAGUGCUUUUCAUGCUGUCUUUUUUUUUGUUUUUUUGUUCUCAAGUCAAAUAAUGAAACAUCAUCCUAUAUCA